AUGGGGGCAUUCCUCUACAAAAACCAUCACCACCAUGACUUGACCUCCUUCUUGCGCUUCCUGAUACAAGACAAGACAGAGGUGGGACAAGAGCUGCCCUUUGUGGUUCAGGGCUCCUCUCCAGGACUCCCUCAGCAGGACGUGUACUCCAACAUCAGCCAGAUCCACCAUGUGGACAUCAGUAGGGAGAAUCUUCCCAACUGCCCUAUCAUCUCACCCUACCUCAGUGGCCCCUUGAAGGUAAUGAUCCCAGAGAACCUGACAAUGGAGCAGAUGGUGGAAAAGAACCCAUUGGUGAAGUUGGGAGGCCAAUACCAGCCACCCGACUGCUGGACACAGCAUCACACAGCAGUAGUGGUGCCUUACUAUGGGCAAGCCAAGCACCUUCAGCACCUGCUCUACCAUCUGCACCCCUUUCUGCAGCGCCAGCAACUGCACUAUGCCAUCUAUGUGGUGAAUCAGGUUAACAACACCAUCUUUAACCGGGGCAAGCUUCGCAAUGUGGGGUUCUGGGAGGCCAUGCAAGAAGAGGACUGGGACUGUGUCUUCUUCCAUGAUGUGAACCUACUCCCGGAGGACAACCGCAAUCUCUACAUCUGUGACAUCUUCCCUGCCCAUGUAUCUGUGGCCAUAGACAAGUUCAACUACAAGCUGCCCUACCGAGGAUACCUUGGUGGGGUGUUUGCCCUGCGCCCAGUUCACUACCUGAGGAUAAAUGGCUUUCCCAAUACCUACUGGGGCUGGGAUCGUGAGGACGAUGACAUCGCUGCCAGGCUGAAACUAAGUGGGAUGUUCCUCUCACGACCUCAUCUGCUCUUUGGUCGCUACCACAUGCUGGAGGAGGGGCUGGACCCCAGCCACAAGCAGAGUCCUGAGAGUCCUGGCUUCCUGGGCCCAAUCCAACACAGGUGGCAGCAUGAUGGCGCUAACUCACUGGGCUACAGGCUGCUCUCCAAGGAACUGCAGCCCCUCUACACCAACCUCACCGUGGACAUCAGUGUCUCAGCCCCAGGAGCCCCAGUGCCAAGCUGA